AUGGAAAACCAGUUCUUUUUGAAUGCUGGAUUUGAACCUUCAAUGCCAACAUGGCAAUCACUUUCUUCAGCCAUGGAAAUUCAACCAACAACACUUCUAAAUUGUUCCUCUGACCAAAACCAAGAUUGUUUUUUCAACCCAAAUUGGGAAAAGUCAACGGAUCAACAAAAUCAUCACUUUGAUUCUUCAGCACUUAGUUCAAUUGUUUCAUCCCCAAUUUCAUCAUCACCACCCAAUGAAAAUUUCAUGAUGAGGGAAUUAAUAGGAAAGUUAGGAACUUUUAGAAACUCUUGUGAUGAGAUCUCACAACAUUUUGUGAAAGAGAAUAUGCAAAAUAUGAAUUCAAGUGUUGAUCUUGGUUUUGUUGAAAGGGCUGCAAAGUUUUCUUGCUUUGGAAGCAAAAGUUUCAAUGAAAGGAGUAACAACCAAUUUGUGAUGAAAAACAACAAUGUUGAGUUUGUUCAAAGAUCUGUUAAAGUAAUGGAAAAUGGGAAGAUACUACCAAGAGUUUCAAGUAGUCCUUCACUCAAAACACUUGUGUCACAAAUUAAUAACAUAGAGAACAAGAAUGAAAAUGGGAGAAUGGAAGUGGCUAAUUCUCAAGAAGAAUCUACAAUUUCUGAGCAAAAUACACCAAAUGGAGAAAUGGGUGUCAAAGUUUCACUUGAUAUUAUGAAUUCAAGGAAAAGAAAAGCUUCUUCUUCUAAGGGAAAAGCUUCAAAUUCUUCCAGUCCAAAGAAGGGUGUUGAAGGUAGUGGUGAAGAGUCAAAUGCAAAGAAAAGUAAGUCAAAUGAAGGUGAGAGAAAUGAAAAUGGUGGCAUGAAUAUGGAGGAAGAUUCCAAAGAAGGUACUACUAAUGCAGGGGAAGAGAAACAGAACAAGAGUAAUUCAAAACCUAUUGAACCUCUAAAAGAUUACAUCCAUGUCAGAGCAAGAAGAGGUCAAGCUACUGACAGUCAUAGUCUUGCAGAACGUGUACGGAGGGAGAAAAUCAGUGAAAGGAUGAAACUUCUGCAAGAUCUUGUACCAGGUUGCAAUAAGGUUACUGGAAAAGCACUUAUGCUUGAUGAAAUUAUAAAUUAUGUUCAGUCAUUGCAACGUCAAGUUGAGUUUUUGUCUAUGAAAUUGUCUUCUGUUAACACAAGGAUGGAUUUAAGUAUUGAAAGUCUUGUAUCAAAAGAUGUAUUUCAAUCAAAUAAUUCAUUGCAAAAUUCAAUAUUCCAAUUAGAUUCCCCAGCACCAUCCUUUUAUGGACAAAACCAAGCUAUUCAUAAUAACAUUCCUAAUACAACUGUGACCCAUUGCUCAGUGGACACAUUAGAUCCUUCUUUGUCCCAAAAUGUUGGCAUGCAUUUACCUCUUCUAAAUGGGUUUAAUGAAGCUGCCUCACAGUAUCCAUUAACAUUUUGUGAGGAGGACUUACACACUAUUGUUCAAAUGGGAUUUGGCCAAACUUCAAACAGGAACACACCAAUACACUCCCCAAGUUUCAACGGUUCAAAUCAAGCAUCACAAAUGAAAAUUGAGCUCUAAUCACCUUUCAUUAUGCCUGAAUUGAAGCCCAAAGGGAUAGGAAAACUGCUGUACACAAAAAAAAAAAAAAAAUUAAUUCCAACUACCCCAUGGAUUAUUUAAGCCAUUCUUAUUAGGUCUAUUAAAUAGAACUUUUUUUUAGACUUUUAAGUUAAUCAUUUCACUUUUUUUUCUUUCUCUUUAUAUCAUUUCAGUUUCUAAUCUUCAAGUUUUUUUUUUCAACUUAUUUACUAAAUUUUACCAUUAUUCAAUGUAAAAUCUUAGGACCGAUUAUGUAUUCUAUGGUGCAAAUUAUUAUUGUUACAUAGCACCAAUUGUAAGAUAUAGUGCUAAUUAAUUAAAGGAAAAAUUUGAAACAAGUUUCAUUA